AUGGAGCUAUACACACAGCAGGAAUAUGGAGAUAAAAAUCUAUUGGGAGUGUAUCGUGAGGACUUUGAGCGAUGGACAAAGGAAACCUUCUUAAAGGGAGAUAAACAUCUGGUUCGAAUCUUCCGCGAUUAUCUUCGUUCAUGGGGAGUAUACAUACCCGAGAACAGUGAUUCUAUUUCCAAGAGCCUUGCGGAAACGCUUCAUGAAAAAACGGCCCGCGAUCUGGCCACAGGAGGCACUCGAGGCACAGGCUACCUGAUGGGUCUUGUCGCGUCAACUGGUGCAGCCACCCUCUCAGACAACUUUUUCAACAUUCCCGGCCUUGGAAACAGGAACACAUCUAUCACAGCAACGCCGGCCGCGUACGAGAUGGUGAUCUUCAAGAUCGCUGAGAGCUGA